CUCAGGCCAACAACACAACGUCGUCCUCAAAGCUGCUGCUGGACUUCUCGUUCUUCCCGGCGAAGGCCACCACUCACAUCAGCAGAAAGAGGAUGACGACAUUAAGUCAAUAUCGCCCAACAAAGGCGCUGGAUUGCGGAUGGAUUUUGCGGGAAGCCAGACAUAUAAAAAAGGAACCACCACGUUAACUUACGUUACGCAGUUGAGUUGAGAAUCCCUCCUGGCUGAAACUGCUCUCAAGCACAAGGACGUUGUUCUCUUUACGUUACUGAUGCUGAGUCUAGAUCUCAAUGGGGUUUCUCCUUUUCUCCUUUUCUCCCCAUUUUAUUUAAAACCACGGAACGGUUGGUUAUCGGGCUAUUCGAUACCCUACAUAUCUCAUCAGGCACUGGAUGCAGAUGCAGACACAGACAGCCUCACAGAACGCGCCAGGGAAUAAAAUCUAAGCCAUUUCCACAAGCCUCAUCAGUGCAACACCUCGAGAUUUUCAUGAGCUGGAUUUCAGCGAUUAGCCCUGGCUAGGCUCUGCGACGACGCCUCGCUGGCCAAUUACCAGCCCGCGUUUAUCUGCAGUGUCUGCGCAGUUGGUUGGCUAACUAUUAUUAUUCUCCCUGCGGUGCUAGUAAAUACUACGAAGUACUAAAAUGGGAGAUCGGGAUAUCCUCUUGUUAUUUUCUGAUUACCGAUGAUUUAUACAACUACUCUACCUUCUCGAUGGUUUAUAUAUAUAUUCCAUUGACUCUAAUGGGAGAUCAUUUGAACUACCACUUAUCCCUGCUGGCUCCACCAGCUCUUCUUCAACGAAUUCUGGGAUAAAACAAUAAUAAUUCUUCCCCGCUAGCUACUCCUAAGCCAAACCUUCGGGAUCCGCGACUAGCGAACACUGCUGCGAGCAAUAUUGGUGACGCCAUCAGAUUCCAGCAGUCUCUCCCCUUUCUCGCCCAACCUGCCUAGAUCUCGAUUCGCACUCUUCUAACACGUCGAUCUGGUCGAUUUGCCGCAGUCUGGGCUUUCUUGGAAGUCUUUGGCUUGCACAAAGGCACAGAUAUAUAUCGUAUUUCCGGGUUCCCUGAAACGCUGAUCUCGCAGUCCAGUCCCCCCCCUGUAGGCGCCGCUGGUGCCCAGAACCCCUCUCCCCCAGACCUCGCUGUUACAGAAAACGGCCAAAAGCCCACCUUUUCCCGCCGCCCUUGUCCCACAGAGAUUUAUCUAGUCCAGGCCUUUUCUCGGUGAGGAAAAGCUCGGACGAGAUAUUUCCUGCUUUCCGUCCAAAUCCACAUGCCGUUAAACAUCACAAUAGAUCACGCUACCUCCCAUGGCUCCGAUCAUUCCUCCUUGACCGACGACGAAGACGGUUCCUCCGGCACUGGCGUCCAAGUCUCCCCGCCCUCAGCAACCAGCAGUCACGACCAUUAUGAUCACUAUGAUGUGGGCGGUGAUUGGGCCCAUUUAAGCUAUCCCGAUGAACUAAAACCUUCCGAUUCUGCUUCCAGAGCAAGAACUUCAAACCGCCAUCGCAAUCUGGAUAACAGUAGAUCAGGGCCCAGUCGCCGCCAUUCAUCUCGCCGACAUAUACCACAGGAACGUGAGCCAGUAGUAGCGCAUCGGCCGAGGAGGCACCAUCACCCCCCGGCACCCGCCUCACCUACAGAAAGUGUUGACUCUGCUGACGAGUACGAUUAUCCGCCGCCUCGACGUCCGCCUGAAAGGCAAUAUUGGGCUUCGCAUGCUCCUCAUCCUCCUCCUCCAGGAGGGUAUGCCCGCAGUUCCGCCUCUGCACCAUCAUACAAUCCAUAUCCUCAGCAAGGGACUAUGCCACACGGAGUUAUGCAGCCAACCCACGGCGGGCAUCCAGGGAUGCCGUCGAAUCAGUUAGUACAGUUGGGACACAUGGGCCAUAUGGGAGGUAUGAAUGCACAUAUGGGCCACUACCCCCCCGGCCAGCAGCACCAUUACCCAUACGGGCCACCUCCGUUUUCACCACAUCCGCAAGUACAAAAUCACCAGAUGCCACCUCCUUUCUUCAACGGCCAUGAACACCCAAUGCACCAUCAGCCUGUCCCCCGUCAACGACAACAUGUUCACCACCAUCGCCGUACGCGGAGCCAAUCUCGUCCUCCACCGCCUCCACGGGAUGAAAGUGAAAGCCCUUCCCCCAGACCUCCACAUGCCCACCCGGUGCCUGGUCAUCACCACCCUCCAUUCCCGCCCCCUCAAUUUAGCCCUGUGGAUAUGGUUCCUUACGGCAUACCCCCCAGCGGCCUACAUGGAGCUCCACACGGAGGCCCACACGGAGGCCCUGCUUACUUUCCCCCUUACGGCCAUCAGUUUCCUCCUCUGCCCCAUGGCAUGCCCCCGCCACAUUUCUUCCAGCAAUUUCAACGCCAACCGUCACCACCACCAAAAGAACCCACUCCCCCACCACCCCCUGCUCCACCCCAACCGGAUCCCAAAGAUGAAGCGAUCGCACGGCUGGAAAAACUCAUUCUCGAGGAACGAAUGGAACGAGAAGCCAAAGAACUCGCUCGUGAAGCUGCUAUCGAGAAGGCUGCUCGUGACAAGGCUCUUGCAGAAGAGCGCGCGGCCAUUGAGAAAAAAAUCGCAGAAGAAGCUGCAGCCAAGGCAAGCAAAAUCGCUAGAGAGGAAGCCAUGAAAGAGGCCGAAAUAAAAGCCGCAGAAGAGGCUGCCAAAGCGAAAAUAGCCGCAGAAGAAGCCGCUGCUGCAGCGGCUGCAGAAGCAACGGAGAAAGCUACCGCCGAGGCAGCAGUAAAGACUGCUGAGGCUGUUGCGGCUGCGACAGCCGCAGCCCGAGCGCCGAGUACUGAGAAGAAAAAGCCGGUCAAGUUCAAAGAUGCUAUUGGAAGGAAAUUUAGUUUUCCUUUCCAUUUGUGUAAUACAUGGCCAGGUAUGGAGGAGUUGAUCCGGCAAGCAUUCCUCCACGUUGACAUACUUGAGCAGCAUGUCGCGGAGGGCAAAUAUGAUCUAGUUGGCCCCAACAACGACAUCAUCCUCCCACAAGUUUGGGAGACUGUAAUAGAACCGGAUUGGGCCAUCACUAUGCACAUGUGGCCUGUUCCGGAGCCUAAGAAGUCGAAGAAGCCGAAGAACCCGGAUCCACCUGAGGUACUAGAGGAUGACCCCAAUCUGGUUACCAUUAUGGAUCUAAAGGCUCUAGGUGCGCCCCCUCCUCAUGCUCCUGCUCCUCCUCCUCCACCACCACCACCACCUAUACCACAGCCUCCACCAGAUGUCGAGGUCUUCAUGGCUUCGGGUCUGCCACCAUUUCCAGGUCCACUUGUUGACGCUCCUCAACUUCCAGCGGAUGGACAACUGCCACCGCCGCCUCCCGGCCCUAAGAAACCACGUCCCCGGGACCCCAACCCGGGAGCCUUUACCAUGUGGAUGAUGGGAGGCAAUAGAAGCAGGCUGCCGAACAAGCCUUUAAAAGCGGAAAAAAAGCUUGAAGUCAUCCCGCAGCCCCAGCUGCAGCAGCAUGAUGAACAAUGCUGUGUCAUGUAAAUGAGAGAUUGGUUGAUUAGAAACGAAGCAGCAACAAAGAAAUAACACUCGGAAACCCCCCCCCCCCCCCCCACGAUUCUAACAAUUCUAGGGCACCCUGUCUUUCGCACCUCCCACGGAUGACUGACCGAGUAUCUACAUUUGACAAAACAAGCAAAAGCAUAAGCACGAGAACAAUAGCACCGACCAUAUAAAUGAUGUGGAAUUUGGUUCAAAAUGACACCCUUGUCGCGGAUGGACAACAAUUCUUAAAACGAAAUGGCCACCCAUUCGUCCUGGCCAUCCAGUCAAUUGUUGAAAGAAACUUGAGCUGCCAAAGAGAUAAAUUCGCCUAUUCGCCUGUGAGGUACUACAGCCGCCUCUACCCGGCGUCCUGUGAGGUCGUUAAACAAAAAUAACAACUUUAUGGACCAAAAAUUCUCUAAGUGGCUUCCGUCGACUCUGUGUGUGUGUGCCUGGCAAAAUCAACAACCAAAUGGCUAUUAAAUUUCCCACAACGUCGUCUUGAUAUUUCUCAACUCAUCUUGGUUGCUUUUGCUUAUUUCCCCAUCACGACACCCUGCCUGGACAUCCAUCUCGCCUCACCACUUCUCCCUCUCGUCACAUUUCCAGAGUUUACCAUGUAGUGUUGUUGCCAGUUCGAAAUCAUCCCAGUCACUUUCUAGCAUGAGGGAUUCUUCAGUGAGGCAUGGCUUUUCCUCCCGAGCGAACCUUGGGAUUGGUUUCUCAUGCUCUCAAAAUCAAAGAUCAAAAAAAAAAAAAAAAAAAAAAAAAAAAAACAAAAAAAAAGAUAUAACAUGUUUUGUUUUUUUAGCAUCGAUUUUUUAAUUAUUAUUUUUGGACGUGGUUUAUGAAAAAUCAUUGGCUAUCUUUUUUGAUGAGAUUUUUAUGCCUUUGAUACCAUAUUUGUCAGUUUUUGAUAUAUUUUAUCUAUUUUCAUUGAUAUCCAUCCCCGGGUUCUUGUAGAGCGUUGUUGUACUUCUUUACCAUGCGACCUAAUAUGCCCCCCCCUCUUUUGUUUCUUCCCUUUACUCUCACCCUCAUCUUACUCCUUCCAUUGAAUGAAUGCAGAGUGUACCACUAUCCAUCGUCAAUUCGGAGGAGGCUUGAAGGAUUCGCUUUUUUCUUUUUUCCCCUCUCUCUUCCACCUUCCUGUAAAGAUUCUUUGAAGGUUACUGUAGUGUGUAGAAGCUCUUUGCACAUGAUUUGUAGGGAGAGCUAGAUGAUGAAAGGGGAAAAAAGAGAAUAAAGCUGUGUGAGAGAACAACAGCAUUAGAAGAUGGUUAUUGCUUCUUCGUACACAAGCGAAGGAGAACGCGGAAAAAAAUAAAACGAAAGUGAGUGGUCAUGUCAUGGUGAUGUCCUAGAUUUGUUCCACCCCUUUCUUCACCAAGCGAACAUUUGUCUAUGAGCACCUUCUGAACCACUCUAGUUCUUUAGGAGAUUCCGUAACCUAAAAAUUUGUGAUCAAUGUCCCUCUGAUUGACUGUUUGAAGUAUAUACCCCUUUCUACGUUGUAAAUGCUCAUUCUCGUUUCCUGCCCCCCUUGCCGCGCUAGUCCUACUCCCUCGCAAUCAGUACGUAACUAAGCAUCUAGCUGCGUUACUCCAUUGGGCGAGAGGCCUUUGGAAUAGUAAAGGCUUAAAGUGUCCCUAUGCGUUCAUUGUAUUUAGCUCAGCUUCCCCCGCAGAGUUUCACCAGCUUUGCAUGCCCAUUUAUACACCUCUUCUCCUUCCAUCCACUGGAGUUCUAGAGAGCCCAACGUAGCUAGCAGCCCGGGUUGAGAAUGAACUAAUGAGAUUACGAGGUUGAGGGGAAAACGACAUAAUGCUUCAAAUGCUAAAACUAAAUCCUUUCUAUCACACACCCAUAUUCAAUCCACCUCUACAAAAGCAAUGGCUUUCGUGGGGCUAUGCCAUCUUCAACUUCCACAUCCGAAUGAUCCAGCGGCCACUGGCUGGAUCGAUCAGUAGUCGUGGCCGAUCGUCUAGAUAGGGCCCGAGGCAACAAUCCGCUCACUGUUUUAGGAAUUAACGGAGUUGUCGAUGUAAACCUUCUCAGGCUUCGACCUUCGUGGCUGUACAGGUGGCGGGUUUGCACGACGAGCGCUUCCUGAGGCGGACAAUUUCGCGUUGCCGUCUUCCGACGUUUCGCGCUGCGGCAGAGGAGAUCUGGGUCCUGUCUGGGUCGAACGUAUUGCUGUCGACCGGGCUUCUGG